CUCACAAGUCACAAAACUCAAAUAGUGGCCGCGGCGAAGGGGAAGGAUGGCGAGCAGAUGGAGGGUUGGUUGCGCCGGAGUAGCGGUAGAUGGAGGGUCGAUUUCUGGAACCUCAAUAAGCCGAUCUUAUAAGAAACAACGAUGCCGAAACCUUAUCAGUCGCCGCCGCGAUUUUCCCAGAAGAGGCCUCCCCCAUGGAUUUCCAAUCGAGAAGGCUUCCGUUGGCAUCAACGAUUUGAGCGUCCACUGACAACCCUAACUUCGUACCCACUGCCGCGGAAGUGACCGCCGACGGCCACCGUGGGGCAUACUCUGGCGAGAAAGCCGUGAACUUUACUCUUUUCCCAAAUUGCAUAGUAGAGUUCACCUAGAAUAGCACCAGAGUGAACCCAGGCCGACGUCGCCUCGAUAUCAACCUCGAUCUAAAGCGGAUUGGACAUGUCAAGAAGGAAGAUCGGAGAAUCCGAGACGUAGGAAAGUCCCUAGAUAACAUGGCCGCCACUGCGGAUUCUCAGUCGGUAACCGAUCCUUCUUGUGCAUAAAACGGUGUACUGGACGUUGGGGAUACUUGUAGGCGGGACGAUAAUUAGAGGUUUGAGGGGGGACAUUGAAGCCGAGAUUCCACUAAACCAGAAUCCAUCUCGCCUUGCGGGUGUCACCACUGCUCCGGCGGCCGGCGCAACCAACUCUCCAUCUCCCGCUGCUCGCCAUUCCUUCCCCUCCGUCGCGGCGCAGGAUUUGGGAUUUGUGAAUUGUGAGGGCUAGAAAUCUCAGGUCUGACUAAGAAUGAGGGGUGUGGUUAGUUCGUGAGGGGUUGGGAAAUUAAAAUGAAUACAUUUUAUUGUUAAUGGUAUUGAUUAGGUGGAAAUUCUAAUUCUAAUUAUUUUUAUUUUUUUAAUUGACACGUCAUACAUUUAACGGUCAACUAUAAGAGUUGACUGUCACAUCACACAAAGUUAACGGAUUUGGAUGGAGAGUGACCAAAUUCGAACUGUUUUACUAAAUCUAGUGACUACGAAUGAAAUUAAAUAUUUUCAGUGACUAAAUAUGAACGUUUUUAGUAAUUUCAGUGACCAAUCUUGUAAUUUACCCAUAUUAUUCUUGUCAAAAGUUGGGAAAGAAGAAAACCAGUCGUUCUCCUCCCAGUUCCCUCCCUGUAGAGGCGCAAAUGGUCUCCGCAAUCGCACAAAAAGUCGAGACCUUGACCUUCUAGACUGAUAAUGACUUUUACCAACCAGACCUUUCAUUCAUUCAAUUAGUCAAAUUACCAUUGUUAUCAUUUACAAAUCUUCUCAUCCCUUUUUCCAAAACCAAACCCCUGUAACUCGAAACCAACCAGAGAAGAAGAAGAGGAAUGGAAUCAGCGAAAUCCGCCAGUCUGGGCAGCUCUAUGCUCGUGCCUUCCGUCCAGGAGUUGAUCAAGACCGAAAUCGGCGCCGUCCCGCCCAGAUACUUGCGCCCUGAUCAAGACCAGCCCAUCGUUUCCAACGCCGAUGUUCCGAUUGUUGAUUUGGGUAAGCUGGUUGAUGAAGCCACCAUGGAUUCCGAGCUCGCCAUCCUCCACUCCGCCUGUAAAGAUUGGGGCUUUUUCCAGCUGGUAAACCAUGGAGUAAGCUCUACUGUGUUGGAGAACAUGAAGACACAAGUUCAAGAAUUCUUCAACCUCCCCAUGGAAGAAAAGCAAAAAUUCUGGCAAUCCCCAGGAGAAGUGGAAGGUUUCGGACAGUCAUUUGUUGUCUCCGAGGAGCAGAAGCUCGAUUGGGCCGACCUCUUCUUCCUCGUCACUCAGCCUCCACAACUCAGGAAGCCUCAUUUGCUCCCGAAGCUCCCCCUUCCGUUCAGGGACACGUUGGAGAGCUACUCCCUCGAGGUAAAGAACCUGGCAGGCAAAGUACUGGACCAAAUGGCAAAAGCCCUGCAGAUGAAACCAGAGGAAAUGAAGGACAUUUUCUCAGGGAACAUUAGGCAGACAAUGAGGAUGAACUACUACCCUCCGUGCCCCCAGCCCGACAAGGUCAUCGGCCUGACACCCCACUCCGACGGCACUGGCCUCACCAUCCUCUUACAAGUGAAUGAAGUUGAAGGCUUGCAGAUCAAGAAAGACGGGAACUGGGUACCGGUCAAGGUCCUUCCCAAUGCGUUCGUGGUCAAUGUCGGUGACAUCGUUGAGAUCAUAACCAAUGGGGUGUACCGAAGCAUCGAGCAUCGGGCAACGGUGAACUCGGAGAAGGAGAGGCUGUCGAUUGCUAGCUUCCAUUCUCCUAGGUUUGAUGGGGAGAUUUACCCUGCACCGAGCUUGGUGUCUGGAAAGACGCCGGCCUUGUUCAGGAAUGUGAGCGUUAAGGAGUUCUUUAAGGGGCUCUUCUCUCGUGAACUUCAGGGGAAGUGUUACCUCGAUACCUUGAAAAUCUAAUGAGGAUUGGAAAAGGCCCUACGAGAGCAUCCUUUUGGCUGGUUUGCUUUCUGCUUGUUCAUGCUCGAGUAACAGAUAGUAUUUCGGAUUUGGAUGUAUAGUAUUGGGGUAAAAUGCAAGAAUGCCAUUGAACUUUUCGUUUUAGUAAUACUACGUGGCGAUGCCGCGCCUUGUUGUGGGCGGAGAUGAACUAUGGGCAUGUAUUGUGUAGCCCGUUUUGUUAGUAUUAUUAGCCUAAAAUCAAAUUUUUGUUAGCAAUUUUGUUAGUAAAUUGACUGAGAAGAGAUAUAUAGCGGUCAACUUCCAAUUAAAUUUUUGUUAGAAAAUUUUGGCUAGUAUAUGAUAUUUACCUAAACCCAAGUAGACCUAUUGAUCAUGUGUAGAGUAUGAGUGACAUAGAUAUGGGGUUGGAAGUUGGUAGAUGGGUUUGGAUAGGAUAUGGAUAUUUAUUCCAUAAUCUAAAUAUGUAUGAGUUGGCUAUGGAUACCCAUCUAUUCGAGGGUGUUUUAAUUACACGUAAAAAAAUUAGACCUAUUUGUAGAAAUUCAAAAGUUUAGGUACCAAAAUGUAAUAGACAAAAAAUUUAGGU